ACUGUGUGGCUUGCUCAUCGAUGAGUACUUUUUGCCGGUAAAUUGAAGUAGCACUAGUCAGUUGUAUUAGGACAGCACUUUGAAGAGGAUCGGAUUUAUGUUAUGAAGUGUUUUGCGUUGGUCUGUUUGCUGCUGCUGACCGUGGGCUUUGCCAACGGACAGAGGACUUUUCCGGAUGACUUCAUGUUUGGCGUUGGAACGUCUGCGUAUCAGAUUGAAGGCGCAUGGGAUGAAGACGGUAAAGGUGAAUCUAUCUGGGAUCAUCUGGUGCACAACCAUCCCGAAAAGAUUGCCGAUCGUUCCAAUGGCGACGUCGCUUGCGAUAGCUAUCAUCUGUGGCGACGAGAUGUGCAAAUGCUUAAAGAUCUAGGCGUUGACAUCUACCGGUUUUCGAUUGCAUGGACACGUAUCAUGCCUACCGGUAUCAGUAACCAGAUUAACAUGAAAGGUGUGGAAUACUACAACAAUCUCAUCAAUGCUCUACUGGAAAAUGACAUCACACCAUUUGUGGUGUUAUACCACUGGGAUCUACCUCAAAGACUACAGGAAAUGGGAGGCUGGACGAAUCGCGAAGUCAUAGGCCAUUUUCGAGAAUACGCUCGAUUUGCAUUCGAAACAUUCGGCGAUCGUGUUAAAUGGUGGACAACUUUUAACGAACCAUUGCAAACCUGCAGACAGUCUUAUGAGUGGGAUGCAAUGGCUCCAGGGCUCGAUUUUCCCGGCAUUCCUAGUUAUCUCUGCACUCAUCAUGUACUGCUUUCCCAUGCAGAAGCUGCCGCAGUUUACCGACAACAGUUCCAACCAAGUCAAGGGGGUAAAAUCGGUAUAACCAUCGAUUCUUCAUGGGCAGAGCCCAACAGUAGUUCAUCGGAUGAUUUGGAAGCUUCGGAUAUCAAUUUGCGAUUCUUCCUUGGGUGGUUCGCAAAUCCUAUCUUCUCCGCCGAAGGCAACUACCCACAAGUGAUGAUCGAUCGCAUUGGUAACUUCAGUGCCUCGCAAGGUUUCGUCAAGUCUCGUCUACCAGCGUUUACACAAGAGGAAGUCAACAAGCUCAAAGGCUCGGCAGAUUUCUUCGGAUUCAACACCUACACUGCGUACAAAGUUUACAAAAAUGAUGCUGCUAAUUUGGCAAACUUUCCAGUACCAUCAUAUGAUCAUGAUCGCGGUAUCGUAGAAUAUCAGGAUCCCAAUUGGCCAGAAACCGGUUCAACCUGGUUCCGAUUGUAUCCAAGGGGAAUCUACAAGCUGUUGAAAUGGAUUAACAAAGAGUACAAUAAUCCACUGGUGUUCGUUACCGAAAAUGGUUACAGCGAUCUUGGUGGAACCCGUGAUGAAAAACGUGUUAAGUUCUUCAAAGAUCACUUGAACUCCGUGCUGGAUGCUGUUGCGGAAGGAUGCAAUGUUAAGGGCUACGUUGCGUGGAGUUUGAUGGACAACUUUGAAUGGCGAGCUGGGCUAUCAGAGAGAUUUGGUUUGUACUUUGUGGACUACAAUCAUCCAAAUCUGACUCGAGUUCAGAAAUCUUCGGCCAAAUUCUACGCUAAUGUGAUAGCAACACGCUCGAUUAAUAUGACCUUGAUGCCAGAACCGGAGGAGUAUACUUUGUAUGAGCGCGGAACUAGUUCGACGAUAGUUCCUACAAUUUAUAUUAUUUUAGCUGGUGUGAUGCUGAUUUUGAGACAGUUGCGUUAGAGAAGACUAUAAAUAAAAUGUUUUAAUACUAAAGAA